AUGCUCUCUCUCAGGAAAUCUUCACUUCUCGCUCUCGCGACUUCAGCCGCGAAAGUCGCUGCUCACGGCCAUGUAGACUGGCUUGUCACAAACGGCGUUGCAUUUCGAGGCUAUUCUGCUCCAGAGAUGAGCUGGAACCCCAGUCAUCCUCCUGUCGUCGGCUGGACCAACGGUGCCACUGACAAUGGUUACAUUGAGCCCAACUCCUUCGCAGACCCCGAUAUCAUCUGUCACAGAGCGGCGAAGCCAGGGAAAGGCCAUGUAACCGUGGCAGCAGGCGACAAGAUUACUCUUCAAUGGUCAACGUGGCCAGAGAGUCAUAAAGGCCCUGUGAUUAAUUAUCUUGCGAGAUGUCCUGGAGACUGCGAGAGUGUUGACAAGAAUGAUCUUGAGUUCUUCAAGAUUGAUCAAGAGGGGCUCAUUGAUAUGUCAAUGCAUAGUGGCAAGUGGGCAGCUGACGUACUUGUCGCUACCGGCUUCUCCUGGACUCUGCAGAUCCCCGAAACGCUUGCUGCAGGCAACUAUGUCCUCCGCCACGAGAUUAUCGCCGCAGCUCUACACGGCUCUGGUCAGCCCAAUGGAGCACAGAACUACCCCCAAUGCUUCAACCUCAAAGUCACUGGUAACGGAGACUUGGCUCCAAAGGGCGUCAAAGGUACGCAGCUUUACAAGGCCAACGACCCCGGCAUUCUCUUCAACCUGUAUACAACACCUUUGUCCUACAAGAUUCCCGGUCCUACACUGGUUCCUGGCCUCCCUUCUACAGUCUCUCAGAAGGUUGUAUCCGCAACUGCAACAUCGAGUGCAACUGUGCCAGGACAAACACAGGCUAGCACCAGCAGCAAAUCUUCUUCCUCUACAUCAAAGGGAGGCUCUUCGCGAACCAGCACCCCUGUUGCAGGAGGUACAACACUCAAGACUUCAACAACAAGCAAGUCUUCUUCGUCCAGCACAACGAAGGACACGCCACAGCCCACAGAGGACGACGAUAUCAUCUGUGGUCCUGCAACGGGAGGUCUUCCAAAAGAAGAGGUUGCGAGGGAGAAGCAGAAGUAUCUUGCAUUUCAGAAGAGGGCCAAGAGUGGAGAAUUGAUCAAUUUCAGAGACUUGAUUGAGAAUCGAAAGGACUUUCAUCUGAGACAUCCGGAGAACCACUCGCUUGGAUGGAGAUAUGUCCUCAACGCCACUGAAGAUGCGGUCAAGAAUCAAGAGCCAUGGCCCGCAAACCUAAAGAAGCAGGAAGAAGACGAGAAGAAACAGAAAAAGGACGAAGCCAAGAGUGAUAAGAAGGAUAAUAUGCCUGAGCAAGAGCAUGAGUGGAAACGUUCCUUGGAUAAAGACAAGCAUCACGAUGCAUACACAAAGAACAAAGAGAACGAGGAAAAGAAACAGGGAAAGACUUCGGAUGAGGCACCAAAGCUCUCAGACAAGUAUACACCGGCCGAGAUAGCCCCACUCAGAGCGUUGGAGCAUGAAAAGAACUACAUCCAACACCUCAGAGAGAACAACGGAAAGAAUAGGUCCCCUCAGCACAAGAAUCUCACGCAGAUCUCAAUCGACGAACAGGACCAGUUCAGCCCAGAUAACUGGCUUCCUCGCUCCCCAGACCUUAUCCGUCUCACUGGAAAGCACCCUCUCAAUGCCGAAGCGCCGUUGACGCGACUGUACGAGGCUGGCUUGAUCACGCCUAACGAGCUUCACUACGUGCGAAACCAUGGUCCUGUUCCACGUAUACUCUGGGAGUUCCACGAAUUGGAGAUUACCUACGGUGGCAAAACUCAGAAGCUUUCUAUGGAUGAGCUGAAAGAGUUUGAUACGAUCAAUAUUGCUGUUGCGCUUGCUUGUGAUGGAAACAGACGCAAGGAACUCAAUAUGAUUAAGAAGAGCAAGGGCUUCAACUGGGGCGCUGGAGGUGCGAGUUGCGCCUAUUGGAAAGGGCCUCUUCUUCGAGAUGUACUUCUUGCGAAUGGCGUCCCUGAGAACCCGGCGGGACUAGGCGAGAAGCGAUAUUGGGUCAACUUUGAAGGCACUGAUGACUUGAGCGAGGGGAAAUACGCGACCUGCAUCCCUUUUGAGCACGCCAUGGCUCCCAACAACGAUGUCAUUCUAGCCUACGAGAUGAACGACGUUCCGUUACCACCUGAUCACGGAUAUCCCGUUCGAGUUAUCAUUCCAGGAUAUGUUGGCGGUAGGAAUGUCAAAUGGCUCAAUAAGAUCUGGAUAAGUGAGAAAGAAAAUGAUUCUUACUAUCAUAUCUGGGAUAACCGGGUCCUUCCAUCGUUUGUUACUGAGAAAGAUGGUCCUUUUGCCGAAACUCUCUUUCAUCAUCCCGAUACAGCAUGCAAUGAGCAGAACCUCAACUCUGUUAUCGUCAAGCCUGCACAAGGCGAGAAGAUUCCUUUGGGUAGGGCCAAGAAGGGAGAAAACUAUCGCAUCGAAGGUUAUACAUAUGACGGAGGAGGCCAUGAGGUUCAGCGUGUUGAGGUCUCCCUUGACGAUGGAGCAACUUGGCUGUACUGCCUCCGCAAAUUCCCCGACUACCCAAUCCGUCACGGAAACAAGUUCUGGAGUUGGCUCCAUUGGCAUGUCGACGUUGAGAUUUCCCAUGUUAUUCGUGCAAAGAGUAUCAUGGUUCGAUGUUUCAACGUGUUCAAAAACACGCAGCCAAGAGAGCCAAACUGGAAUGUCAUGGGCAUGAUGAACAACUGCUGGUAUACCGUACGUCCAGAGAUCGCUGAGGGCGACGACUCAGAAACGCCUUCUAUUCUAUUCAGACAUCCUGUUGAGCCAGCUACAAAAGACGAGGCGAAGCAAGAAGCUGGUGCGCCUCAGAAGGAGUUUACCCGAGAAGAGAUUGAGAAGCAUAACACUCAGGAUGACUGCUGGCUUGUCGUGGACGGAAAGGUCUACGAUGCGACAAGUGUACUUAAAUGGCAUCCUGGAGGUGCAGCUGCUAUUCUUGGACAUGCUGGUAAGGUGCAUCAGGAGACGAGUGAUGAAUUUGCAAGCAUUCAUGAUGACUACGCUUACAAGAAACUCAAAGAAUGUGCUCUUGGUGUCGUGACUGAAAAGGCAGCCAACUUCAUCAAAGAAAAUGCAGAGGCAGCUGCCAAAGAUGCAACUGAUUCGAGUAACAAGGACGAGCAUCGAGCGUUGGAAAAGCACAGAUGGAUUCCAGUCAAGCUCAUUGAUCGCAAGAACCUUUCCAAAGACACCAGAGCUUAUACCUUCCAACUGCCCGAGGGCAAAAACAUCCUCGGCCUUGGGACAUGUCAGCAUGUCCAGAUUGGUUUCCAUAUGCUAGAUCGGAUGCUCAUCCGCUCCUACACACCCACGAAGCCACUUCUCCCAACCCUAGGUGACAAUAUGACCAAUGGAAGUGCCAAGUCUCUUCGUGACGGAGAUGGCACUUUUGAGCUCACGAUCAAGACUUACUUCCCCGAUGAGAAUCAACCAGGCGGCGCCCUCUCCAACAUCUUGGACUGCAUGCCCAUUGGCGAAGAAGUCGAGCUUCGGGGCCCAACGGGAGAAAUAGUCUACAACGGUAAUGGAGACUUCGUUAUCGAGGGUAAAGUUCGUCACUUCGAUCGUGUAUCCCUCGUGCUUGGCGGCUCGGGGAUAACGCCAGGGUAUUCCCUCCUCGCUCGUAUUCUCCUCUCCGACAACGACAAGACGGAGAUUCGAGUUGUGGACGCUAACAAAACAGAGGCUGAUAUCUUACUGAAAGAGGAGCUUGAGAAGUUUGAGAAGAAGUCUAAUGGACAGUUGAAAGUCACACAUGUCCUGAGUCAUGCUGAUGAUAGCUGGAAGGGAAAGACGGGUCAUGUGAAUGAGGGUAUCAUCAAAGAGAGUUUGUUCGAGCCGUCUGAGAAGAGUGCUGUCUUCUUGUGCGGUCCGCCGGUGAUGAUACAGAAGGCUGCACUUCCUGCUCUCAAAGACUGGGGAUACGUGGAGGAUGAGAAUAUGUUUGGAUUCUAG